AUGCAACAGAAGACCCAGCAACAGAAGACCCAAGCAACAGAAGACCCAAGCAACAGAAGACCCAAGCAACAGAAGACCCAGCAACAGAAGACCCAGCAACAGAAGACCCAUGCAACAGAAGACCCUAGCAACAGAAGACCCAUGCAACAGAAGACCCAGCAACAGAAGACCCAGCAACAGAAGACCCAGCAACAGAAGACCCAAGCAACAGAAGACCCAGCAACAGAAGACCCAACAACAGAAGACCCAAGCAAGAGACCAGCAACAGAAGACCCAACAAACCAGCAACAGAAGACCCUAGCAACAGAAGACCCUAGCAACAGAAGACCCAUAGCAACAGAAGACCCUAGCAAACAGAAGAAGACCCAAGCAACAGAAGACCCAUGCAACAGAAGACCCAUGCAACAGAAGACCCAAGCAACAGAAGACCCAUGCAACAGAAGACCCUAG